AUGUCUGGACGCUAUGCUGUUGCCACGAUAGCAGCGUCGUUUUCGAUAUGGUGUGUGUUUGUAUCGGUGCUCACAUUUCUUGGAGCAAAUGGGGCCGCAUACCAUUUGCCUAGUUUUUAUAUGCUUGGCUAUGGCGCUAUAUAUGCUAUACUCUCGCCAUUUGGCUUAGCUGGAAUCCUUGGAGCUUUACAUCGCAAGAAAUCAUUAAUACGAGGAUUCUUAUUUCAAUAUUCUGUUGCAUACAUAAUACUGACCGGAAUGAACGUUGUUAGUGUAAUUCUGUCACAUAAAUGGGAACAAAAUACACUAUGGGUGUGUGUCUCGGAAACUUAUAGACCAGGAGCACAAGUUGCUGGAACGAAAAGAUGUGAAAACAAAGUAAAAGAGGGGCAAUUGGCCGCUCUCGUGUUUACAUCUGUUCAGGGUGGUAUAAUGUUGAUUUUUGGAAUAAUUUUGCUUAUCUUUGGAAGACGAGAAUUCCAAAAUAUCAAAAUCGACGAAGAAACCAGCAGUUUGUUAGAGAAAUCGGCCUUCGUUAAGGAUGAGUUAUUACCAUCUGAACCAAAAAAUGUUCAUGGUUCUUCAAGUUAUAGAUCAAAUUACAAUAAUGGACUAAACCGCAAUCCAACAACUAACACAACAACGUCUGGACUUUCUCGUCAUACAACAACUAGCACAUCAACAUCUGGACUUUCAC